GCGCACACUGAUGCGCACCAGUGCGGAUCACGCACACUUCCCUCUGUGUUCCUGGGAAAUCUAGCAUUGGAGCAAAGUGAUCGGACUGGAUCUGUUCUGCACACACUCACACACACACACACACACACGCACACACAAAAAGAUGGAUUCGGUUUUGGUUUGUCGCUGAUCCACUUCAGCCGGAACACUUGGGAGUUCUUUCCUCCAGAGCUGCGUCUGCAUGCGUGGUUUUUAUUUUAUUUUUUAUUUUAUUUUCUUUCUUAUGGGGAGGUGUCGAGUCUACUGAUCCCAGGUUUGGAUGUUUACUGCGGACUUGUUUUUAAAUUCCUCAUGACUGAGCCAGGGUUCAGCCGGAGACGCGGCUCCCCGCUCGGGAAGAGCUGCGGCUGAAGUUUGAAGGGCGCACAGAGAGGCUGCUUUUUUUUUUUUUUUUGUGGUGGGUCCGGGGAUUUAUCUAUUUUUUUCCUUCCUCCCACCUCGCGCGCUGGAUUUGCAAUCACCCAUAAAUUUCACUAAACUGCGGAUACCUUAUCUCAUCUCCGCGCGCGACGGAAGUCAGUCCGCUUGGAUUUAUUGCGGUUCUCCUGGACUACACCCCCCCCAUCCAAAGCACCAUGAGGACCGUCGUUUUUGAUGGGGGGCGACUCCUUCUGCUGGUGAUGUGGUUGAAUCUAUUGCCUCAGACUGACAGCUGCCCUGCCAAGUGUGUGUGCUACAACGAGCCCAGGCCCACUGUAGCGUGCCAACAACAAGGACUGUCUUCCAUCCCGACUGAGAUCCCAGUUCGAAGCCAACGAAUAUUCCUUCAGAGCAACAGCCUGACCAUGGUGAGGUCCACGAGCUUCAGCUCUUGCCACAAUCUUACUGUUCUUUGGCUCUACUCCAACAACAUAAGCUACAUUGAAGCCAGAGCCUUUUAUGGCUUGGAAAAACUGGAAGAAUUGGACAUUGGAGACAACAACAACCUCCGCACCAUUAGCCCAACAGCAUUCCGGGGCUUAACAAAGCUACACACUCUCCAGCUGCACAGGUGUGGCCUGUCAGAGUUACCUGUUGGGGUUUUCCGAGGAAUGGUAUCCCUGCAAUACCUUUACCUGCAAGACAAUAACAUCCUAACGUUGCAUAAUGAUACAUUUCUGGACCUUGCGAACCUGACCUAUCUCUACCUGCACAAUAAUAAGAUCAAGAUAAUAACCAACAACAUGUUUCGAGGCUUAAUCAACCUGGAUCGGCUUUUGCUACACCAGAACCGAGUAAUUUAUGUAGAACCUAGAGCUUUCACUGAUCUCGGCAAGCUAAAAUCAUUGUUCCUGUUCUACAACAACCUUACCGUCUUGACAGGGGAGACUAUGGACCCACUAGCUUCCCUCCAGUAUUUGCGCUUGAAUGGAAAUCAGUGGAUCUGCGACUGCCGUGCGAGGACCUUGUGGGAAUGGUUCAAACGCUUUAAAGGUUCCAGCUCAGAGUUGGAGUGCUACGUCCCGGAUUUCUUGGCUGGAAGAGACCUGAAACAACUGAAAAGUGAAGACUUGGAGGGCUGUGUGGAAACCUCGCAAAUCCAGACCAAUCUAUUUGGCUCCAAGUCAGGAAAAUUCCCUUCUACCGAAAGCCCUCUGGGAAACACCAUUCCAAGGUGUUGUCUGCGAGAUAAUGACAAGUCUUCUAUUCUUUCUGGAAAAAGUCGCCAAAUCACUAACAAUCCCCUUAAAGAAAAGGAGAACAUGUCCAAUACUAAGUUCAAACAGCAAGAAAGAACAAAAAACGAGACUCAGAUUAAGCAGAAUGAUGGUCCACUGGGAACCUUGUCCAAUAACCUGGACAAGACUUUGGAAAACCUGCACCCUGAAUUUAUAGAGAAUCCUGAAUCCGCUACAGCAUCAAACAAAAAGAUGAAGAAGUGUGUUAAAAAGCCCAAAUCAGAUGCCCACUGCAUCAAAAGCCAAGGCUCUACUUUGCAAAUGUUGCACUUUCCCGUCAUUCCCAUGAUCUGGAUAUCUCUAGCCAUGUCUUAGGACUCCCCACGACACUUCGCACAAAGAACUCAAGAAUGUUGAAGCUAAUGACAAUGAUACAGAAGAUCCAGUGACAUCACAACAGGCAGUGACUGAAAAACGAGGAGUCAUGUUGACCCAAGAUGGCUGGAGAUAAAAGUGACAAUGUAAGAGUACAAUAAACAAAAUGGAUGCCUUUACAGAACAAUACAAAUCUAAUGUAAAUAUUGAAUUGGUGCCCAAAACUGUUUGUUCUCUAUGUACUCAACUGUACUGUGUCUAAGCUACACUUUGGAGAUUCCUCCCUUUUCCCUCUUGAAAGCUUUUACUGCUUAGACAGACCACUGGAAGAGAAAAAAAAAAGCACAGACAAAAACAAAAAACUGAGAAAACCAAUACAAGAACAAUAAGAGACAGAAAGCCCACAGAGAAUGUUCUGGUCUGUUUCAUGAAGAAAACCAAUCUCCCCUUGUUAAUUAUUCAAAAACAUGCAUUUGUUGGGUACUGUUUUGUUUAUUUUGUUCUCUUUUUUCAUGUUUAUAAAAAAACAAAUGUUUUAUCUCCCUGAAUUUUAGUUCUAUUUUCUUGACAGAGAGAAUAUAUGGGCAGCAUUUACAAAAGAAAAAAAAGAAAAAAAAAACAAGAAAUGCUGUCAUUUUGUUCAUGGGGAUUGCAAUGGAACCAUAGAUAUGCAUUUUAUUUUACUUGUGUACAAGUAUGAAUAUAUUAUAAAUAAAAGUUCUUAUUUCAUA